CCUGUGUGCUGUCAUUUCUGGUCCUUCCCAAAAGCUCCACCCACUACCCUCCCACAGGUGGUGUCAGAAGUGGGAUGAGCAUGGACCGGCACACCCUGCAAGCCGUUCUGGAGGAUCAGGAGAGACACCGUGAUGGUAUAGAGCGGCGUCGGGAAGAACGGGAUGCUCAGAGGGAUGCUGAGCGUACAGCCCACAUGACUGCGAUGGCUGACAAGAUGGCGGCCAUGUGUCUGGCCAUUCAGAACCUGGUAGUGGCCCAAGCCCAAGCUCAGGUCCCGGUCGCAGCAGCUGGACCAGUGCUGCCAGUGCCCAAAAUCCGUCUGCAAAAGAUGACCCCAGAAGAUGACCCGGAGGCCUUCCUGACCACAUUUGAGCGGAUGGCUACAGUGUCAGGGUGGCCAGCCGGAUGUUGGGCAGCCCAACUAGCCCCCUGUCUAACUGGUGAAGCGCAGGCAGCAUACCAGGCUCUGAGCAACGUGGCGGCGGAAGAUUACUCCCAGGUGAAGACAGCUAUCCUCCGGCGCCUUAAUAUCACCCCGGAGACGCAUUGCCGGCGUUUCCGGAGUUACAAGCGGCUGGAGGGAACCCGGCCUCGCAUCAUGGCCCAGCAACUCUGGGACCAUCUGACCCGCUGGCUGCGUCCCACUGAACGGACCACCCAACAAAUCAUGGAGUCUGUGGCGGUCGACCAGUUCCUGGAGGUGUUGGAACCAGAGACUCGAGCCUGGGUCGCUCGCCACAGUCCCGAGACGAUGGACACGGCCGUCGAGCUGGCGGAGGCCUUCGAGGACGCACUGCUUCGGGUGGACCCCAGUCCAGCUCCAGUGAGGCAUCGGCCUUCGCCAGCGCACCCAAAGACUGCAACGAGGCCUUCAGUUUUCCCCGUCCCUUUGAGCGCCUCUCCUCCAAAGUGGAGACAGAGGUUAGCUCCCAGCUGGGCUAGAGAGAAUCCUUGGACCUCCCCUAGUGGACCAAGGGACAAACAGCCGUCUCCCACAGCGCCGCCUUCCCCUACCUGCUUCCGGUGCCACGAGGUGGGGCACAUCGCGAGAUUCUGUCCCAUCGCGAUGGAGUGUGACGUGGCCUUGCGAUGUCCGGCUGCAGAGGGUGAAGCUUGAAAAUCUUGGACACUGUUGGAUUACUGGAG